GUCACACACUCCCAUCUUUUACAUCUUUCUACCUAAAUUGGACCAAAAGUUUUUAUAUUUUUCAAUCCAUUUUGGACUAUAAAUUUGGUCCUUCUAUCAUUCAUUUCCAAACCUUCGAAACAGAAGGUUAAUUUCGAAACGCCAUUCUUCUCAUUGUGCUCGAGAAAUCCAAGAUCGCGAAUCAAUUGUGGAUCAAUGGCAGAUUCGUGCUCCGUCAAUAGCCCUAGAAGAAUAUUGAGUGUAUCAAAGAGACAAAGAGCUAGAGAUGAGAAAAGUCCUAGAUUUGGACUAUCGGGAGAGCAUGGCCCCAAACCUUCGAAAGUUUACAACUUCGUCGGUUCAAUCCCAACCGUCGUUGCUACAGUUAUAUACUUUAUUUGCGCAUAUCUUCCUGAGUAUUUCCUUCGUUCCCUUGGAAUCUAUUAUUAUCCUAGCAGGUACUGGGCUCUAGCGGUGCCAGUUUAUGUAAUGGUUUCAAUAGCAUUAGCAUUGAUGUUCUACAUUGGUCUUAACUUUUUGUCCACUCCAUCCCCAACUUCCUUUCAUAUCAUCUUUGAUGAAUUCAGUAAAGAGCCAUCUAUCUCUGCUUGUUCGAAACAAGAUCAGCCUAUCCAACCGAUAUCUGAUAUUGGUAUCAACAGAAUUAACGAGGUUAUGUUCAAUAAUAAGAAAUGAUAUUGACAACUCUAAAG